CCAACUGGUGAGUAAGGGACGUCACUUCCACUGGGUGUGCGCGCGGAAGAUGGCGACGUCCCUGGGAUCAAACACAUACAACAGACAGAACUGGGAAGAUUCGGACUUCCCUAUUCUCUGUCAAACAUGUUUAGGUGAAAAUCCAUAUAUUCGUAUGACCAAGGAAAAAUAUGGCAAAGAAUGUAAGAUCUGUGCUCGUCCAUUCACUGUUUUCCGCUGGUGUCCUGGUGUGCGAAUGCGCUUUAAGAAAACUGAAGUCUGUCAGACCUGCAGUAAGAUGAAAAAUGUCUGUCAGACCUGUCUGCUGGACCUAGAGUACGGUCUUCCUAUUCAGGUCAGAGACACAAGUCUGUCCAUUAAAGACGACAUGCCAAGAUCCGAUGUGAACAAGGAAUAUUACACACAGAAUAUGGAGAGAGAGAUCCAGAACUCUGAUGACACGAGGCCCGUGGGGAUGCUGGGUAAAGCUCAGAAACCUAGCGACAUGCUGCUCAAACUGGCCCGAACGUCACCGUACUACAAACGCAACAGACCUCACAUCUGCUCAUUCUGGGUAAAGGGAGAAUGCAAGAGAGGAGAGGAGUGUCCAUACAGGCACGAGAAGCCCACAGAUCCCGAUGACCCUCUCGCCGAUCAAAACAUUAAAGAUCGCUAUUACGGCAUCAAUGACCCGGUGGCGAAUAAACUGCUGAAUAGAGCGUCUGCCAUGCCACACCUGGACGUGCCCGAGGACAAGUCCAUCACUACAUUAUACAUAGGAGGAUUGGGAGAAGACAUUACUGAUUCUGAGCUCAGGAGUUACUUCUAUCAGUUCGGGGAAAUUCGUACGAUCACACUGGUUCAGAAGCAGCAGUGUGCGUUCAUUCAGUUCGCCACACGUCAGGGAGCGGAGCAAGCCGCUGAGAAAUCCUUCAACAAGCUCAUUAUUAACGGACGUAGACUGGCGGUGAAGUGGGGUCGUUCUCAAGGCGCUAAAGGCAAAGACAUCAGUGACGGCUUCAGUCAGAUGGGCACCAGACUGGAUCCAGUACCUGGUCUGCCAGCACCUCUACCGCCACCUACAGCUCUGGAGAAUGAAGCCCCAGCCAAUUACUUUAAUCUGGACCCUAGCAGUUCUUCAGUAAUGAACCUCAGUCUUCCCCCUCCACCUGGACUCCCAAACCCACCACCACCAGGUUUUGGACAUCCCAUGUUCCACCCCAUGGGUCUUCCUCCACCUCCACCGAUGAGUUUAAGACCUCCUGGCCUCAUUCACUACCCCUCCCAGGAUCCUCACCGCAUGGGUGCGCACUCUGCCAUUCGCCACUCUGAUUGAUUAACUCCUCCCACUUGGACUUCAUCGGCCAAUCAGGUGUUGUUCAUUUAGCGGAAGAUGAAUGUGAACUGAUGAAUGUGAUGUCAUCAGAAGGCGGGCGUGAUCUGUGAUAUCAUGAAAUGAGCUGGUGACUGGCAGGUAAAUAGAUGGCCCUUUCUGUUAGGUGCACACGCCGUGGGAGUUGCCAGUAAUGAUAAAUGGUGAUGGUUGGAUUGAGUUUGACUUUAUAAGUCCGGUGGAUUGUGAUGCUGUUGUAUGCUUUGCCAGCGCAAGUUCAUCGACAGUCACUUAACGCCUGUAGUACCUCAUGCGUCACAUUCUACAACUACAAACAUGCUCUUAUUCUCCAUCUGACGCUGGCAUGCUUACAAGGAGAAAAUUGCAAUGGCUUCUUGUAUUUUGCCAAAUCUCUGAGCGUGGCUCUUUAAUUUAAAGACACAGCUCCCGCUGGAUUAAGUCUUGAUGAAAUACUAAAUUAAUUCUUCAGUAUAAAUGCACACAUGAGAUAUUCAAGAAUAAAACCUUUGUUAUACAUCUCUCUAGGGUUGAAUACAUGAUUUAUUGAUCAUUUCAGAAAUUGUUUUUUUUUCUGUUUGUAUUUAUUUUUCUUCUGUUACUGUAAUCUUUUGAGAACAUUAAAGCAAAUGUCGUGAACAUUU